AUGCUGAAGGGAAAGAAGGCUAAGGGGAAGAAGGUGGCCCCGGCCCCUGCAGUGGUGAAGGAGCAGGAGGCCAAGAAGGUGGUCAAUCCCCUGUUUGAGAAAAGGCCAAAGAAUUUUGGCAUUGGACAGGACAUCCAGCCCAAAAUGGACCUCACCCAUUUUGUCAAAUGGCCCCGCUACCUCUGGCUGCAGCGGCAAAGGGCUAUCCUCUACAAGCAGCUGAAAGUGCCUCCCGCGAUUGACUAAUUCACCCAGGCACUGGAUUGCCAUACCCAACUGUUUAAGCUGGCCCACAAGUACAGAUCAGAGACAAAGCAAGAGAAGAAGCAGAGGUUGCUGGCCCAAGCUGAGAAGAAAGCUACAGGUAAAGGGGAUGUCCCCACCAAGAGGCCGCCUGUCCUCCAAGCAGGGGUUAAUACUGUCACCACCUUAGUGGAGAACAAGAAGGCUCAGCCGGUGGUGAUUGCAUACUACCUGGAUCCCAUUGAGCUGGUGGUCUUCCUUCCUGCCCUGUGCCAUCAGAUGGGGGUUCCAUGCUGCAUCAUCAAGAGGAAGGCCAGGCUGGGGCGUCUGGUCCACAGGAAGACCUACACCAUCAUGUCCUUCACACAAGUCAACCCAGAAGACAAAGGCAAUCUGGCCAAGUUGGUGGAGGCCAUCAGGACCAAUUACAAUGACAGAUGCAAUGAGAUCUGCCAUCACUGGGGAGGCAAUGUCCUGGGUCCAAAAUCAGUGGCUUGCAUUGCCAAGCUAGAGAAGGCGAAAGCCAGGGAACUGGCCACCGAACUGGGCUGA